UAUUCCGCUAAUGUGAUGGUCGACGGAGAGUCCGUUAAUCUAGAUCUCUGGGAUACGGCCGGUCAGGAGGACUACGACCGACUGCGACCCCUAUCCUACCCAAAAACCGACGUCUUUCUCAUAUGCUAUGCAGUGGACGAUCCCUGGUUUCUGACAAACGUACUGAUCAAAUGGUAUCCCGAAGUGAGACACCACUGUCCCAACACACCCAUAAUACUGGUGGGCACUAAACUGGACCUCCGGGACAAUCCCGAAACACUAGACAGACUAAAAGGUCGCAAACAGACACCCAUUACUUACCCCCAGGGCCUGGCCAUGGCUAAGGAUAUCGGCGCCGUUAAGUACUUGGAGUGCUCGGCCCUCACAGGGGAAGGCCUUAAGGAUGUGUUCAAUGAAGCCGUACGUGCCGUCUCGUGUCCUCAGGUCAAGCCUAAUAAAAGAAAGCUCUGUGUGGGUAAAACAAGUCUAUUAAAGUGUUAUACGACGGACAAACUCCUCGACGACCUCUAUAACGGUUGGACGGCCUAUAUUUCUGACUACUAUUCCGGUAAUGUGAUGGUCGACGGAGAGUCCGUUAAUCUGGACCUCUGGGAUACGAUGGGUCAGGAGGACUACGACCGACUGCGACCCCUAUUCUACCCAAAAACCGACGUUUUUCUCAUAUGCUAUUCGGUAGACAACCCGUCGUCCUUUGAAAACGUACGGAUCAAAUGGUAUCCGGAAGUGCGACACCACUGUCCCGACAAACCCAUUAUACUGGUGGGCACUAAACUGGACCUCCGGGACAAUCCCGAAACA